UUCUUAUUGGUUUCUGGACUCUUAUAAAUACAAUCCACCCCUGUCUGAGUGUAUCUGAGAGAGAAUCCAUUUCUCAGAAACUUUGACAGGCUGCAGUGGUGAAGUAGUGCGCCAUGAAGUUCUUCACCUGCAUCUUCUUGUUAUCCCUGGUCCUAUGUGUCACCAGCGACAACUGGGCUGAGAAGGCUGGGAAAUUUAUAAAGGAUGCCUAUGGAGGUGCUACGGAUAUGGCCAGAGCAUACAAGGACAUGCGUGAGGCCAACUGGAAAAAUUCAGAUAAAUAUUUCCACGCACGGGGAAAUCGUGAUGCUGCACGGAGAGGACCUGGUGGCGUUUGGGCAGCAACAGUUAUAAGUGAUGCCAGGGAUUUUUACAGUCGUAUGCGGGGCAGAGAUAAAGCUGACAGACGUGCUGAUCAGGAGGCGAAUAGAUGGGGCAGAAACGGAGGAGACCUCAAGCGCUAUAGACCAAGGAACCUCCCUAGAAGAUACUAAUGCAGCUUGUAAAAGAUUUUGGCAUUUCCAUUUUCUUUCUGUUUUGCAAGGUUGUAACAAGUACAAUUCAUGACAUGCUUUCAGUGAAAUAGCAAAUCUUCACAGUCAUAAUGGAGAGGAAAAAAUACAGGUUACAAGCUG